AUGGAGAAAGAAAACUACAACGUUGAUGAAUCGCCAUCUUACAAUGGUCGUGCUGCCUACGUUGAUCCUGCUACGGGCGAGGUGAACAAGUCUGAUCCUAUGAUGGAAGCUGGAGAGGUGUAUGGCAACUCCGACACCGCAGAGGAAUUCGGCUACGUACAUCGAGGCCUCAAAUCGAGACACAUACAGUUUAUUGCCCUUGGUGGAACAAUCGGUACGGGGCUGUUCCUAGGAAUCGGGGGUGCUUUGACAACCUCGGGCCCUCUCUCCAUCCUUCUGGGAUACACCUUCACUGGUAUUGCCAUUUACGGCAUGAUGCAGUGUCUCGGUGAAAUGGCUACUUGGCUCCCACUGCCGGGUGCCAUCCCUCAAUUCUGUGCACGUUACGUUGAUGAUGCUCUUGGAUUUGCUGUCGGAUGGAACAACUGGUAUGCUUCUGCUAUUACUCUUUGUGCCGAAAUUUCAGCAGCCUCUACCGUUAUCCAAUUUUGGAACGGGGCCGAGAAUAUCAGCGUUGCUGCAUGGAUAUCCAUCAUCAUCAUUAUCGUGCUUGGCCUCAACAUCUUUGCCGUAUCCAUCUAUGGUGAGGCUGAGUUCAUCUUCGCCAGUCUCAAGAUCAUUACGAUCGUUGGUCUAUUGAUCAUGGCAUUUAUUGUCGACCUUGGUGGUGGACCAAAGCACGAUCGUCUUGGGUUCCGGUACUGGAAGCACGGUCACGCCAUGAAGGAGUAUGAUUCGACUGGAUCCACUGGCCGAUUCCUGGGUUUCUUUAAUGUGCUCGUCAAUGCAGCCUUCUCGUAUAGCGGUGUCGAAGUGGUCGCUGUCGCAGCUGGUGAAGCUGAAAAUCCCCGCAAGAAUAUUCCCAAGGCUGUUCGCAGAGUGUUCUGGCGUAUCCUUUUCUUCUAUGUGCUUGGUUCCCUCGCGAUUGGUGUUCUCGUUUCCUCGAACGACGACCAUCUGUUGAAUGCUCAAAAGAAUGGUGCUCCCGGCGCGGCUCGUUCCCCAUGGGUCAUCGGUAUCCAGAAUGCUGGUAUCCCAAUCCUCCCAUCCAUUAUCAACGCUGUCAUUUUGAGUUCCGCAUCAUCCUCUGCUAAUGCCUUCUUGUACACUGGGUCCCGUUACCUCUUUGCUCUCGCCCAGAACAAACAGGCACCGCGCUUCCUUCUUACCUGCAGCAAGGCAGGUGUACCAGUCUACUGUGUGGCUAUUACUUGCUUGAUUUCACUCCUCACAUAUCUCUCCGUUAGACCAGGUGGGCCCUCAAAGGUCUUCGCGUGGUUCCAGAACCUGACCACGAUCGCCUCUCUUUUUACAUGGUGCUCGAUUUGUAUCGCAUACAUCCGGUUCCACAAGGCGCUUAAAGCUCAAGGCGUUGACCGCAACACCUUGGUAUUCAGGAGUCGUUUCCAGCCAUACACUGCCUGGGUGGCCUUGAUCUUCUUUGCUCUAAUCAUAAUUUUCAAUGGCUUUGACGUCUUUGUCGGAGAGCACCACUCGCAUUGGAAUGUUACCAACUUCCUCAUUGCUUACAUCGGCAUUCCGAUUUUCUUCUGUUUGUAUGGUUUCUGGAAGAUCUUCAAGAAAUCUCCUUUCAUCCAACCAGCAGAUGCAGAUAUCACCACUGGCAAGGCGGCACUGGAUGCAGCAGAUGAAAAGUGGCCUGCGCAGACCCCAAGGAACGUAUUCGAGAGAGUCUGGUUCUGGAUUGCAUGA